GCGGGCGCAGGAAGGCAAAGGUGGCUGGCGCUGGGCGCUCCGGGUUCUGUUUCGCGCAUCUGCUGACCGACCCCGGCAGGCAUGGAGUCCUCUCAUGUUGCCAUCAUCGGCAGUGGACUCAUUGGUCGCAGCUGGGCCAUGCUGUUUACUGCUGAAGGCUUCAAAGUGAAACUUUAUGAUAUUGCACAGCAACAACUAACAAGUGCACUGGAAAGCAUUCGCAAACAAAUGAAAGAGCUGGAAGAGUCGGGAUUCCUGAAAGGAUCUUUAAGUGCAGAGCAGCAACUGUCUCUCAUUAGCGUCUGUACAGACCUGAAGACAGCAGUAGAGGGCGCUACUUUCAUUCAGGAAUGUACUCCAGAGAACCUGGAACUGAAAAAGAAGAUUUUCAGUCAGUUAGAUCUUAUUGUUGGUGACAAAGUUAUCUUGAGCAGCUCGACCUCCUGUCUCUUACCCAGCAAAUUGUUCACUGGCCUUAAACAUGUUAAGCAGUGUAUUGUGUCACAUCCUGUAAAUCCACCUUACUUUGUGCCAUUGGUUGAAAUUGUUCCUCAUCCAGAAACGGAUCCUUCUACUACAGAAAGAACAUAUGCCCUGAUGAAGAAGAUUGGUCAAUCUCCUGUCAAACUGAACAGAGAAACUGAGGGCUUUGUUCUGAAUCGGCUCCAAUAUGCAGUGAUAAGUGAAGCUUGGAGACUUGUGGGUGAAGGGAUAGUAUCUCCUACUGACCUAGACCUUGUGAUGUCUGAUGGAUUGGGAAUGCGAUAUGCAUUUAUUGGACCUCUGGAAACCAUGCAUCUUAAUGCAGAAGGAAUUUCAAAUUAUUGCGACAGAUACCGUGAAGGUAUGAAACUUGUUCUGAACACCUUUGGACCAGUUCCAGAAUUUUCAGGUGAAGUUCAGCAGAAAAUCAGUCAGGCGAUGUCUGAAAAAAUUCCAGCUGUUCCAAAAGCCCUGGAUGCCAGGAGAAAACAAAGAGAUGACUAUCUCACUGGUCUUGCCAAACUGAAAAAGGAAAUGAAAUCUGACCUUGUCUAACAAGAGACACCAAAUGAAGAGCAGUUUACACAUCAAAAAAGUGAAAACUUGGUCAUGCAGAAGAGGAGACUGAAUGUGCUACCAAUGAUAUGCAUAGUAGUAGAGACUAAUGAAACAUUUGGUCCAAAUUUGUCAUGAUGUAAUUAAUGAAUUAACUGGAAACAGUUAUUAAAAAGUUAAGAUUUAUCAAAUGACUAUAUACAUGCAUUAGAUAUGUAUGCAGCAAGCAGCAUUAGCAAGAUGAAUAUUGUGCAAUGCUGGAACACAAUCAUGUUUUAAUGCGUUUUUCAGCUUGCUUAGGAAUCCAGUGCUUGAACAAUAUUUGCUUAUGCAGGGAUCUGAAAUAGGCAAACAUCAGCUGUUUGUUGCUGGAGAAAAUAAGCUCUCACCCACCAAUCACUGUGGCAGCGAGGUUAAGUUGUAAAGCACUGACGGUAGAUAGGAGAAGGUUGUGUUGAGCAAGGAGUAAAUGCACUGGCCAGUGAGCUGAGACCUCAACAGAUGUAAGGGUCACUUCAACUUUUAUCUGUAACUGUUCCACAAUGUAGAGGAAAGAAUUAUUCCUCUUUUCCCUCCCUCUGGCACUUCUGUACCCGUAUGAUGAGUAUAGUGCAGAAUUCCCCACUUACUCCCUGCCUCUGGAAGUGUAAGACAUACCAGAGACCUACUUGGUCUUUAAGACCAUGCACUUCAUACCCCAUGGCUUUGCCCCAGGCUUAAGUAAGACAUUCGAUGCUUGCCGUUGGCAUUGCUGCAUAAAUAUGUCCCUUGUUUUAUGACUUGUAUGUGAGAAAUAAAGAGGUUUGCUUUAACAGCUAGCUUGGGAGACAGUAUGGUGUAGUGAAUCACUCUGGAUUUCUCCCAGGCCACUCCAUGACUGAGUGAUCAUAGGAAGCCAGUUCACCUCACUGUUUCCAUGUCUAUUUUUCACAUUACCUGAAGCAAAGAUUGUUUUUUUUAGGGUUCAGCUGUACUGAGUGUAACAGGUGUAGCUGGAGGGACCUCACUCUCUGCUGUUUUGCUCCACUACACAGGGCAAGCUGCAGUGGCUUAGAUACAGUAUUUGUACUUUGCUGACGCCCUUCCUACAGGAAGCACAACAUCUUCCUACAUAUACAAGGAUGCAGUAUGUACCUGGAAGUAGUAAUAUCCUCAGUUUCUGUGGUGGUGUGCCCCAUCCACUGCAGGUAGGGUGUUAUUAUGAAUGUGUGAACCCUGUAAUAUGGUUGGGCUUUGAUCUUAGCUGGAAUCUUGGGGCCUUACUGUUAAACAGAAUGACUUGAAACAGUGCUUUACACCCACGCUGCCCAGGUUGAGCAUUUCUGAAUUUGUGCUAACUGCUCAUGUAACUUCAGUCACAGCAGAGAUGCAGAAGUUUUAAGCUGUCAUUUUGCUAAUGCUCUUGACUUUUACAGAUGGUGCAGCACAGAAAUGGGUUGCUGAAACUUAGUUACCACUUGGAUCUGAACAGCAGAAAUGUCUGUGUGAACAUACCAGUACCAUGCCUUUCUGCUUCUAUCGCAGUAAAAGAGACCUAAGGUGAAUUGUAUCCCUUGGCACAAGCUGUGGUCCAAGAACACGUUUCUGGAUGUGAAAAACGAGAUAGAAUGCAUGAUUCAGAGGUUGUCCUAUGCACCUUUAUAAUCAGCAGAGAAGGAGGAAAAAAAGUAAGCUCAAUUUUAUUUUAUCCCAAUAUAGACCUGAAAGUGUCAGCUUCUUCUAUUGCUUUUUAUUGCCACAGUGACUGGCUCUAAACCUGCAUUUAGACAUCUGAAGUUGAGGAGGUCAGUCCUCACUCUUGAUGCCUUCUAAAGCAAUAGUAAAUUAAUUGGGGGGGGGUUAUGUUCCUCAUUUUAUAUAUGUGUUUGUAUUUCAGACAAGGCCACAGCAUGUUCAAAAUACUUUCAGGAUUAGACCUGUUUUCUAUGAGCAUAUAACAUCAUCAUAACUAAUUAGCUUACCUUGCUUCUGUUUACUCUGAGGUAUCUUAAAACUUGAUUAUGUCAUCAAAUAUUUGCCUCCACCUUUAUUAUUUGAUGGUGAAUAAAAUAUUUUAAUGAGGAAAAUCUUAA